AUGGCUUCAUCGUACAAGAGCGCCACUCGCUCUCACAUGCGUGAUCAUCGGCUUGAUCGCCAAAUCGAAGUCAUGGACGAAGGCGAAGCCAGUGAUCUCAGUGACCUCGAUAUUGUCAAACACACUGCCAAACAAGUCAAUCUGCUCGACACCUUUCAGAGAUCCGAUGGCACAGACAGUGACACUCUUCUAAACUCCGACGACUCUAAGAAUGCUGGUCGAAAACGUCCGAGAGAUGAUGAUGGCGAACGAGUUACAUUUGAUGAUGAAGAAGAUGCCGACGAAGCUUACAANAAGUUCAAGUCUCGCAAGUCUGAUCAACGCAAAGCCACGGCUGCUCGUACCAANAAGGCAAAGGCCAAAGCCAAUGCAAUUGUUGGCAAGAAGCAGAAAGCUCUUCUUGACGCAAAACAGCCCAACCCACGCAAAUUCAAGAAUGAUACCUAUGGCACAGACUCUGAGGAUGAGCCACCCGAAGACAACUUACCCGAAUUCCUUCGAGCUCGAAAGUCCAAGUGGAGUCAAGAUCGUGCCAAACAUGGAGAAGCCAUUCUCUCAGUACCUCCUGACUAUGAUGGAGUCUACUUCACCGACGACGAGAGACUGGAAGAGUUGCGGGAACGACCUGUCCUGCGCGAUGCUGAAACCUCCCAAGACUACAAGGAUAUCGAGAUGCCAAAGUCGGACGGCAUUAUCCCAGCCCCUAUUGCUCAAUGGCUACGCGAUUACCAGAUCGAUGGAGUCAGAUUCUUGCAUGAGCUCUUCGUAUUUCAAGAAGGUGGCAUCCUCGGUGAUGAUAUGGGUUUGGGCAAGACUAUCCAAGUCAUUGCAUUCUUGACAUCUGCCUUCGGAAAGACUGGAGAUGAGCGAGACUACAAGCGCAUGCGCAAGAUGCGACGCAACAACCGAUGGUAUCCCAGAGUCUUGCUUAUCUGUCCUGGAUCUUUGAUGGACAACUGGAAGGCCGAGUUCGACAAAUGGGGUUUCUGGCACUAUGACACCUACCACGGAAGCAACGCAAGUCGUUCAGCUGUACUCUCCGCUGCCAGGGCGGGUAGACUCGAGGUCAUGAUUACAACCUACACCACCUAUCGCAAUCAUCGAGGUGAGAUCAACAUGAUCGAGUGGGAUUGUGUCAUUGCAGAUGAGUGUCACACAAUCAAGGAGCGAAGCUCCGAGAUCAGUAAGGCCAUGAACGAAGUCAACGCCUUGUGUAGAAUUGGACUCACUGGUACUGCUGUACAAAACAAGUACGACGAAUUCUGGACUCUGCUCAAUUGGACUAACCCUGGGAAAUUCGGAACCAUGGCUGAAUGGAGGAAGAGUGUCAGUGGUCCGCUCAAGAUUGGACAAUCACAUGACACUACUAAUGCCCAGCUGGCCGUGUGCAGACGGGUUGCUGACAAGCUGGUGAAAAACUUGCUACCACCACACUUUAGACGUCGGAUGAAGUCUCUGAUCGCACACCAAUUGCCGAAGAAGACUGAUCGCGUAGUCUUCUGUCCGUUGUCGGACGCUCAAUCAGAAGCAUACAUGAAUCUUGUUGAUAGCGACAAGAUCGACUACAUUCGACGCUCCUCUGACCCUUGUGACUGCUCAUCCGGCAAGAAACGAGGUUGGUGCUGCUAUAUGGAGGUUCCUGGUCGCGGCAAAUGGCAACACCAUGUCUUCCCCAUGCUCAUGACGCUACAGAAGUUAGCAAACCAUCUUGCCCUUCUCUGUCCGCAGAGCCUAGAUUCUGAGGAGAUGCAACACAAGGAGUUGGAGAAUUUGCAGUUGGCUCUACCUGACACUUGGCUCGAGAUGUAUCACAACCGUGAUCAAAUCACCAACUACGCCAAUGCAGACUUUUGUGGAAAGUGGAAAGUGCUCCGGAAGCUGUUGAAGUUCUGGCACUCAAACGGCGACAAGGUUCUCGUUUUCAGUUACUCGGUUCGUCUUCUGAAAAUGCUGCAGAUGCUCUUCAAAUCGACUACAAGCUACAACGUCUCUUAUCUUGACGGAAGUAUGAAGUACGAAGAACGUACUCAGGCAGUUGACGAUUUCAAUGCCAAUGAGACUCAGUUCGUCUUCCUCAUCAGCACAAAAGCUGGCGGUAUGGGUCUGAACAUCACUUCUGCAAACAAGGUCGUCAUCUUCGACCCGAACUGGAAUCCAAGUUGGGAUCUUCAAGCUCAGGAUCGCGCCUACCGCAUUGGUCAGACCCGUGAUGUCGAAGUCUUCCGUCUCAUCUCUGCGGGCACUGUCGAAGAGAUCGUCUAUGCUCGUCAGAUUUACAAGCAGCAGCAGGCUAACAUUGCCUACAAUGCAUCUACUGAGCGCCGUUACUUCCGUGGUGUCCAGGAUACAGCAGACAAGAAAGGUGAAAUCUUUGGUCUAUUGAACCUUUUCAGCUACGAGGGUGAAAACUUGGUCCUCCGCGACAUUGUCAACAAGACAAACAUUGCCGAAUCGAAGGCUGGUGUCAGUGUUGUCGGCUUGGACACGUCGCAAGACUCUGACGACGAUGAUGACGAUAACCUCAUGGAUCGUGAGGAUGCUGCCAUGUCUCAACUCGCAGCCGAGAUCACUGGCGAAGGCGGCAAGAAGAAACAUGAUGACGAACGAGAUUCGGAGACCAAGAGGCAAGCCCGCGCCAUUCAGGCUAUCCUCAACAUGGCAGGUGUUGAGUAUACACAUGACAAUAACGACGUAGUCGGGUCUUCGAAGAUGGAAGCUCAACUAUCUAAGCGUGCUAUGGCUGCAGGUACAGACUUUGACCUUUCCAACGAGUACGCAUUCGAAAAAGAUGCCAACAUCCAUGGAAGCUUCGACGACGAGGGAAAGAUUGCGUACAAGUACAAGCCUCCAGAAUAUGUGAGGAAGAGGUUGUUCUGCUCAAUGGCGGAAUACUUUGGCUUUGCGGAUGCAACGGAGUUUGCACUUGUUCUUGAGGGCUGGAGCGAGCAGAGAAAGACCGAUUGUCUAAACAAGUUCUACAGACACAGGAGAGAGGUUCUUGAGCGUGGAGAUGCGGAAGAGGAAGAGGCAGGGGAGAAGUCUGCCUUCUUCAAAUGA